UGUCAAAAUUAAAUUAUUUUACAUUUUGCAGGUUCCCUUUUUGUCUCCUUUGGAAGGUCAUAUAUAUCUGAAGCUGAAAUGCCAAGUGGACUCUUUGGUGGAGGAGAAAGGGUUCUUGACUAUGUUUGAAGAUGUCAGUGGAUUUGGAGCAUGGCAUAGGCGCUGGUGUGUGCUGUCUGGAAAUUGUAUCUCCUACUGGACCUACCCAGAUGAUGAGAAACGAAAGCAUCCUUUGGGCCGGAUAAACUUGGCUAACUGCACUAAUCAUCAGAUUGAACCUGCUAACAGGGAGUUCUGUGCCCGUCCCAACACUUUUGAACUAAUAACUGUCCGACCUCAGAGAGAAGAUGACCGUGAGACGCUUGUCAGCCAAUGCAGAGACACACUCUGCGUUACAAAGAACUGGCUGUCUGCUGAUACUAAAGAAGAGCGUAACCUUUGGAUGCAAAAGCUCAACCAAGUCCUCAUUGACCUUCGCAUGUGGCAGCCUGAUGCCUGCUACAAACCUACUGGAAAGCUUUAAACUCGGGAAGGGAGCUACACAAGAAAAUAAUUUAAAUGAAAAUGGGGGAAGUCUUCUGGGUCACUUAUGCUUUAAGUUUGAGAGAGUAUUUAACAUUAUACAGGACUAUGUUAUGCAGUAUUUUUAUUUCACUUAAAAAAUUUUAAAACCUUUUUACUUCCUAGUUUUGAGUAUGGUAGGAAGCAAUUAGCUGUUUCUAAAUGUGCUAAAUAUUUAUAUAACUCCUUUUUAGAAGUCUUCUAGCUAGGUGCAUUCUCUUUUUCAAACAACUAAAUUAUUGCAGGAAAUCUCACUUCAGGGCAGGAAGGGAAUGCACUAGCUAGUGAAAGAAAGCUUUCUAGAUAACUCAGCUCCCUGAAAGAAGCAAUAGUUCAAAAUACUCUUAACAAGGAUGCUGCUGAAGCACAGGAUUUAAUAUUGUAGCAUUUUUUGGGGUUCUUUUGUAAUGAUCAGGAACAGAAGUAGUCAAUUUUACUCUACAACAUAUGCAGUAUAGAUAAUUCUGCUUGUACAGCAUCCUUGUGGUCAGAACAAAAGACAUGCACAAAAUAUUCAUGCUACUUUUGCAAUUUCUCAUACAAACUAGUAUGGAUAGUGCAUGGCAUGUACACUAUGUGAUUUGCAGGUGUGGAAUUACGUUUGCAGUAUAAUGCACUUUGAUAGAAAUGGAAGGUCUUGAAUAUUUUUGUUAGGACAAAAAUAAUCAAACAGAAAAAUUUAGGUUUAGUGUUGUGUACAUCAGUAUUUCCUGGGACUUGUGGUUUUUACAAGCGAGAAUUCUCCAUUUGAGAACCAGGGAUAGGUUAAUAGGUUGUAAUAGUGCCCUUUUUUGUGUUUUGUUUAAUAAUAAGACUUUACAAAGCUGCUAUGUACUAACUAAUACUCUGCUGGCUGAAAGAAUGGGUCUUCCUUCCCUUGAUAGACCUGUCCACAAAUGCAUAUAAAAAGUACUUCAGACCCAUCAUGAAAAUGGCAACAUUUCUCAGCUAAAACUUGUAGUUUUCACAGCUUUUCACUGAGUAUAUUGAAAUACCAACUCAUUACUUCACUUGGAAUGCAGUAGUGGAAAACUUCAGAUUGCUAUUGCUGUUAUAUAUUCACACUCAAAACACUAAAUUCUGUUACCUUAUACUGUUUUCAUCCUGCCCCUUUUGUACUUGCUUUUAAAUUUCAUUUUAUUUUCUGAUGUCUUUAUUUCCAAACUAUGUAUUGAGAUUUAUUUUAUUCAUUUAAAAUAAAAAAUAAAACCCUUCCUGCUUUUUUCAUAAUGUCAUCUAUGCAUUUGAGUUACUAAUUUGUAGGCUGAAGAAAAGCUGGACUCCACACAGUGUUUAAGGAGGGAUUCUAUUCAGUACAUAUAUCCCAGAAUUCCACUUGAUAAUGUGAAGCUUUGGACUUCAGUAGCUAGCACUGAAUUUUGUAGUGGGAGGCCAGAUUGUCCCUGUGCAGCAGCUCAUCAAAUAUGAAGAGGAGAGAUGGUUUUUUGUUUUUUCCUUUCUGUGACAGAGACAUGGCAGCAGAAUAACACAAUGUGGACAGUGCAAGAGCAAGUUUUAUCAGUGGAUGCGUGGUAGGCUGUCUUCUUAAACUCCCAAGUGAGUGUUAAAAAACAUUAAAUUUUGAAUUAUGAAAUAAGUCCACAGGAAGGUGUUAAGAACAGAACUGGAUGAUAUUCAAGAGAAUGUUUUUAUUUAGGCUAAUUGGACUAUUAUCCCUUGUAGAAACCAAUCUGUGUUCAUUGCCCAAGAAGUUCUCCUGAUAAAGGAAAAAGUAUAAAGGUGGUGGUGCUAAAUUAGAAAAGCUGACCUGUGUGGUGACUUGGGCACCAGCUGUGAGUGGUGAGGACAUGGGAUUCUGCAGCCAGAAGCAUGGGAUGCAAGCUUAGCAGGAAACCUGUGCUUACAGCUUUCCUGGCUGGCCCUGCUGGUGCUGCCUCCUCCCCUCCCGUGCUCUUUUAAGGCUUUGCAGUGAAAGAGUUUGCAACAAUGGUUACGUAGUUUUUCCAUGUUUGGAGCAGAUCCUUUGUGAGGAGGCCAGACUGUGUGAAUUCAAAUAGCUUCAGGUAGGUUUAGAUGUUCUAUACCUCAAAAAGAGUUCCUACUGUCUGAUUUCAAGCAAAUCUUUUUUUGUAAAAACCGUUUGCCGAGUAACAUAAAGAGAACAUUCUCAUGUGUAGUGUGCUGGACCCAGCCAGUGACAUAAUCCCUCCUGUAUUCAUUCACAUGCUUUGACUCUCCCCAGAAAAGACCUUGACAGACCAUUUCUUCUAAAACUACAUACUGCUAAUAAACUUUGAAUUGCAUGGAAUUAUAAUUAGCUUUCCAAGAGCAACUUUUUUUUCUGUUUUCCCUGUGCAUUUUUGCCCUUCAAUCAGAGCACCAAGAGACAGUUAACCUAAUGGAAUAGACUAGAAUUCAUAGUUUGUCACUUAGCAUAAGUAAGCUUUUUCAGCAGUGUUUUUUAAAUAUAGGACAUGUAUUUUUAGAGUGGUAUGGGUAAGUGAUUGAUGGUUGGGGGUGCAGAUCUUCAGCUGUUUUUUGCAUUUGAAAUAAUAGAGAGACAUAGUGGUUGUAAAAGCUGAUGGCUUAAUAGUCCCAAAAUUCAUCUUUCUUUGCAGAUAGAUAGUUACUGCAUUAGUUACCUAUCAGGUUUCUGCAUGCAGCUGGGUUUGGAGGUGCAGAGCUCACCUUGAGGCACAAGGGCACGUGGCUUUGGGUAGUGUGCCUUCAGCCAGGGGCAAACCCAUUCCUUGAUGUCCCGCAGACACCCUGUAUCCAGCAUGGAGCAACUGUACUGGGCAAACCUUUGAAAAGGCUUUGCUUUGGGAUUUGGCUAUGGAGGUUUUAGGUUGUCUUUGAAAAGAUAUUCUAAUUUUAUAAGAAACCUUUUUUUCCCCAUUGUUCAGAAAUCCAAGGAGUUCACAAGUAAGAAAGUCUGUAAGAGAAAAAUGCAUUGCUCUGGGCAAUGAAGCUUACUUUAGAUGAGGAAAUUUCAGUUUUACUACUUUGUAAAACUCCUAAUUGGUGUUAUUAAAUCCCAGCCUCAAAUGAAAUACAACAAUUUGCAAAGAAAUUGCCUUGAAAAUUAGGCUUCCAAACAUGACUCCCUUCCCCCUUUUAAUUGCUACAUUUCUGUAUGUUCGUGUAGAGAAAAUAAUCUGAUAUUCUGUAAUUAUUGCCUGUGCUUUACUUGGGCUGUAAUAAAAAUAUGUGGAUGCA